UGAGCUUUUGGCAUGCCCCACCUCUGACCCUCACCUCAAUCUCUCUCUCUCCGACUCAACGACGCCGCAAGUGCAAAAGCAGCAGCAGCAGAUUCGUCCGCGUCGCUCUGUCUGACAGUGUGGGCCCUCCCCGAGAUGCAGGCGUGGUUCUCCGGCACGGGGCCCUCCGCCUCGUCGGCGUCGUCGUCGUCGUCGCCGCCGCAGCCGUCGCUGCUCGCGGAAUGGAACUCCUACGCCGCCGCGCGCUCCGCGGAGGAGGAGGAGGACGGCGGCGGGGGAGGCUUCGGGAUCGACAUCGAGGCCGCCGUCCGCUCCGCCAACGACCGCGUCUCCGGCACCUUCGGCGUGGUAUCUAAAGGUGUUCUAGGGUUGCCAGGCAGCUUCAAGUCCACAACAAGCAGUGUUCCAUCGAGCAAAUCACUUGUGUAUUUUGGCCUUUUUCUUGCUAGUGGAAUAUUCCUAGUUUUCAUUGCGUUCACGAUAUUUCUGCCAGUCAUGGUAAUCAUGCCUCAAAAGUUUGCCAUCUGUUUCACGGCGGGAUGCGCCUUCAUAAUUGGAUCAUUCUUUGCGCUAAAAGGGCCGAAGAAUCAGCUCUAUCAUAUGAUUUCCAAAGAGAGGUUACCUUUCACCAUGGGAUUUGUGGGCAGCAUGGCUGCUACCAUCUACGUGUCAAUGGUGCUCCAUAGCUACAUACUUUCAGUUUUCUUCUCUUGUCUUCAGGUACUUGCGCUAGCAUAUUAUGCUAUUUCAUACUUCCCCGGGGGAUCUGCUGGAAUGAAGUUUCUAUCAUCUGCACUUGUGUCCUCUGUGCUGAGAUGCUUUGGGCGAUGAGCUCACCCGUUAGUUGCUCUCACCCAUCCAUUUGGCGCGCAUUCAUCGUAACCUUGUGUAGUUCCAUUACAGUUUUGUCUUUUUGCUUUUGCUAUAGAGGUAGUGCCUGUCAAGAUGACCCUGGUGCUGGUGUCCAUUGAAAUAUGUGUGUAUACCACUGUCCUGUAUUGGGAGCUCUGUUCCUUGGAUUGAAUUAUGAAAAUCAGGAAAAUGGAAAUCUAUCGAGAUUCGAGAGUCAAUAGUUUGUGAAAUUUGGAACACUUGCACUGUAACUUACCUUCAAUCUUGCAUUGGGGGAUUUCCCUUUUUUGACUUUAAUCUGCCCAUCUGCCUUACUACUCUUCA